GCGGCAGCAUGGCGGCGUUCGUGUUUCUCCACGCUCCUUUGUCUUUGACCUCGCUUUACUCUUCGCGACUUGAACGCUAGCUAUCCAUGGCGUCUGUAGGCACCAUAUACUCGCAGAUGUUCCCACCCAAGCCGAAGUGGGACGUCGACCAGAUUCCUGACUUGUCGGGGAAGGUGGUUAUCGUAACUGGGGGAAAUACGGGCAUUGGCAAGGAGACCUGCAGGGAGCUGUUGAAGAAGAACGCGAAGGUCUACCUCGCCGCGCGUUCCAAGUCGAAAGCCGAGGAAGCUAUCAACGACCUCGAGAAAGACACCGGAAAACGCGCUAUCUUCCUCGAACUCGACCUUGCGAACCUGGCCUCCGUCAAGGCUGCCGCUGAGCAAUACAAGUCCUCGGAGACUCAGCUGCACGUUCUGUUCAACAACGCCGGCGUCAUGACGCCGCCGAUCGACCAGGUCACCGCCCAAAACUAUGACAUGCAAUUCGGCACGAACACGAUCGCGCCUUACCUCCUCAUCCGGCUCCUCUGGCCCGUCCUCCUCUCCACCGCGGAAGCGUCCGGCGAGCCCUCGCGCGUCGUCUGGACUUCCUCCUCCGUCAACUACUACUUCAAGCCGCCGCUCAAGUACGACACGCUCAAGGACUCCCCUGCGCGCAAGAAGCUCGGCCCGAGUCAGCUCUACUGCCAGUCGAAGUUCGGCGCGUGCAUGCUCGGCUACGCGUUCGCGCGCCGGAGCGAGAAGGAGAACGGAGGGAAGAUCGUCGUCACUGUCGUCGACCCGGGCAACAUCCGCAGCGAGCUGCAGCGGCACAACCAGGGGCUGGGAUCCAAGAUCAUGUUCAAGUUUAUACUGCAUCCGCUUCGUUUCGGCGCGAUCUCGCAGCUGUAUGCGGGCACGGCGCCCGAGGCUGCGUCCUACAACGGACGUUACAUCCGUCCGUGGGCGCGUCUUGGUGAGCCUCAUAAACAGACGAAGGACGAGAAGGAGCAGGAGAAGCUGUGGCAAUGGAUCGAGGACGAGGUUAAGGAGUACCUCUAA